AUGGAACAAUUAGAGGAUAACCAAAUCCAGACUACAAAUUCAUUAGCAUCUCUAGGUGAUGGUGGUAAUGGUGAUGCAAGUGUUGUAGUGGAAGACAUGCAACCUAUGCUAUCAAUUGAAGAGUUCGACAUAGAGGAAAUAAAACUCCAAAAUAAAACAUACCGAGAUAAAAAGAAAAUAGCUAUAAAGACACUAGGAGGUAAGGAUUUGCGAGCAUCUGUAAGGCUUGCAUUAGAUGCUUUGAUGGCUCGUGACGUCCAAAACCUAUUUAGCAAGGAUGGAAUAUCCGGGAAAAAAGCAUUUUCAAAGACAAUGCAUUAUCGUUGCUUGCUCGGAGCGUUUCUGGAUCCUACAAAAAAAUUUACAAAGGAUAUAAUUGAUUUUAAUGUUGGAGACUUGCUCAAAAGAGCGAAGAUUCAAAAUAAAGCUGACAGUUUUAACAAAGAGAAUAAACAACCUAAUAAUUAAUGUUAUUUUGUUUUAAGAUAACUUAUUUUUGCGAAUAAAUAUUAAUAUAAUAUUA